AUGAUGGAACAUUUCAAUUUCUAUACAACUUUUCUCCAUCACCCUCUACUCCAACUCUUAUAUGCAUUAUUAUUCAUUUUGUCAAGCAUCCCAGUCUCCUUGUCUGAGAUCAAGAACACUUGGGUUUUCGAUGAUUACCGAUCUAUGAUCUUAUUUGAGAGCUUCGGAUUUAGCAAAAAUGGCCAUGUAGAAAUCUCAGUAAGGAAUGUUUCAUGGACAUCGAGGCAUCAAAAAACCCAACCCAACCCUUCCUCCAUGGGAUUUUUCAUUGCUAACAUCCAUUCAUUGCGAAGCAUUUGGAAUGAAUCAGAGUCCAGUGAAGGCUUUUGUGUAUUAUCGAGAAGGUAUGGCAAAGUCAUAUUCAAGUUCGAAAACCUUACUGCUGAUUCAACUUAUAGCGGUUCUAUAGAAAUCGAUGAUCCUGAUAAAUAUAGUUUGGUAUUCGGAAACUGUCAGCCAGAAUUCAGAGUGUCAAUGCAUGUCCAUACUGAAAUGUUUAACCUGAAAGAAGGUGAAAAGGAUUUCCUGCCUGCAGGCCAAACCCCAUUGCCAAAACUCUUUUUUUUCUUCUUUUUGAUAUACGCAGCAUUUCUCCUUAAUUGGGUUUUUGCCUGUAUCAAUCAGAAGCCUAGAGUUGAGAAGAUUCAUUUAAUAAUGGCCGCAUUGCUUCUAUUCAAGUGCCUUAAAAUGAUUUGUGCCUCUGAGGACAAAAUGUAUGUCAGGAAAACGGGCACUCCCCACGGAUGGGAUGUGGCAUUUUACAUUUUCGGAUUCUUCAAAGGAAUCAUGUUAUUCACUGUGAUAAUCCUGAUAGGAACAGGCUGGUCAUUCCUGAAACCUUACCUUCAGGAACGCGAAAAACAGGUUUUGAUGACAGUAAUCCCUUUACAGGUUCUUGAAAACAUAACUUACGUGGUUAUCAGUGAAACCGGGCCUGCAACAAGGGAUUGGAUGACUUGGAACCAACUCUUCUUGUUGAUCGACAUUGCUUGUUGCUGUGUAGUGUUUUUUCCAAUCAUUUGGUCAAUAAAAAGCUUGAGGGAAGCAUCCAAGACAGAUGGAAAAGCCGGUAAAAACCUGGAAAAGUUGACACUUUUCAAGCAGUUUUACAUAGUUGUGAUGGGAUAUUUGUACUUCACAAGAAUCAUGGUUUCAGCAGUCGGGGCAUUCCUGAAUUACAGAUUGGAGUGGAUGAUGACUGUUUUGGAAGAGGGUGCAAGCUUGGCUUUCUAUGUGUUUAUUUUCUAUAAUUUUCAGCCAAUGGAAAAAAACCCAUAUUUAGUGAUUAAUGAUGAGGAAGAGAAUGCAGCAGCUCAAAUGUUGGAAGAAGAUGACUCAUUUGAACUAUAGGGCUUCUUUUCACCUUUGAGAAUCCACAGUUCAGCAUGGGUUUGUAAUGUUAUGUACAAUUUUUCUUCUUCCUCAAAAGAAAAUCUGAAACUUUAUAUAU